UGGGGUAAACGGGGAACUCCCACUGCGACUCAGAUUGUUGAGAAACUAAAACUGAAUACGCACCCAGAAGGUGCUUUCUUUUAUGAAACAUUCAGAGACAUUUCUAUUGUCCUACCCUUGUGUCAGCUCCCACCAGACUACAAGGUUGAACGACCUGUGAGUACAUCUAUUUACUUCUUGCUUCCAGCUGGGAAUGUUUCACGCCUUCAUCGGAUACCAUGUGCAGAAACAUGGCAUUUCUACCUGGGAGAGCCUCUUACGGUAUGCUCUAGGUUUGUAACUGAAAGAUUGAAAUUUAGAAUUAUUGCCUAUGCCUGGAAUCAGUGGAAUGUGUUGCUGCAUUUGUUAUGGAUUGCAUGCCUAGGUGUAUCAUUGAGAUUUGUAAGUAUAGAUAAUUGGGGAAAAUACAUGCAUAAACUGUUGUAGACUUUGUAUCAAAGUACUGCAUCUUAUUGCAUCUCCCCGAAGAAAGCACUGAUGCUACCAACUUUUCUGCAAUAUGUAUCCUUUUACAGAAAGGCACUGUAUACAUGUAUUCCCUUGGAGUUCAGAUGUUAGCCUGCUUAGCUAUUGGUCCCUAGCUCUUAACAAAAAUAUCUGAACUCAAAGAAGAAAAAUACAUUUUGAGCAGAUUAGUUAUCAUAAUAUCAUCUCAAAAUUUUGGAAUGAACUAAUUGCUCAGAUUUCAUUAGACUCAGUCACUCUUGACUGUUUUUAUUUUCUUUUCUUUGAUCCUUUCAUUUUAGGAGGAUUGUGUGCUUGCUAUUUCUACUGUGUGUACCUUAUUCUGUCUCUAGUCA